UGUGUCAUCUGACAAAUUUAUCAAAACAAGAUGGCAGCCAACGGGGGUGUGGGAUUCGUUCGGACUCGAAGGGAAAGUACUUUCCGGCGGAUGAUUUCCGAUAUUAUCAUGGAGAGGGGAAAGGCAUGCUGCCCCGAGAAUGUCGAAGGUAGCGUAGCUGACUCGCAAACGGGUACGCGAGAUGGUUUUGUGCACAUUCCAAUGGAAGUCAACUGUUUCUGGACGCAAGUCUUUGCCCAGCAUUUCCUCACAGCGUCGGACGAGCACAGAGACGACAUGCUGUUUUUUGUUUAUCGUCAAAGUUCAGCAACCAGAGCUGAAAAGCAGACUAGAAUGGAAGUCUUCCGUAAGGAUUCUAAGAAUCUACCGAGUCUUGGUGAUCCCAAUAUAGACUGGGAGGAAUCGGUCUACCUCAAUCUCAUCCUGCAACAGUAUGACUACAUCUUGACCUGUGCCGUCUGCACCAAGACGGACGACAGUCUGUCCAUCCUCAAGAAGCACUCCCAGCAGGUCUACGCCUCGCCUUCCAAGCGACGCAUGGACUCCAAGGGGGAGGAGAGCGCAGUGUCUUACCCAAACAUCUUCUUCAUGAUCGACAACUUUGACGAGGUGUUUGGUGACGUUACAGUUGACGAAGGCCAGCUUAUAUGCGUGGAGGUUGUAGCAGCUGAGAAGGAAGGGCAGUACCGUAGCGUCAUCUUCCUGGGAUCCGUCAGAUAUGAGUCGCUCCGACGAGUCUAUGAAGCCAGGGCUAGUAUGACCUCCCGUGUAGCAGCCUCCAUGGGCCUGUACGGCCGGGGCAAAGGUCGCGUGGAGUUCAUCCGGAUGAAAGGGCCGGAGGGCAAAGGUUACGCUGAGGUCGCGGUCAGCCGGCACCACCGGAUCGGCUCGGUGGACUACAGCAGUAGCGAGGAUAUGAACUCAGGCAUGGAGAGCAAUGUGGAGUCACCAACGGAGGAGAACAAACCCAUCUUGAGGCAGCCCAAGGCAGACGUAGUCAACAACAAUCUUGUCAAGACGGCGUUAAGGAAGUCACGCUCCGACAGCGAGACGUUGGGUCAGGUGGAGGAUGAUGAGAGGAGGGUGAGGGAUGAGGAACGCGCCAUGUCAGAGGAUGAGCAAGGCAUCACAGAGGGAUGGAGAAAUCGCUGGAUGCGACGGACAUCCACCGCACUAAGACGGUUCAAGAGAAGCCAGGUGGCUAGCGCAAGGCCUCUCACGCUAAACGUCCACUUAACCUAUGUCACACUACCAUGGUAUCGCAUUAUAGGAGAUGUUCUUGAAACUCAAAAGCAGCCAGUGCUGAGCUAGUAUUAGAUUCUACCCCUCCAACGUUACCAUGACAACUCAGGACAGUGACACCACAUUGCUGCCCCACCCCCAUGAGGCCCCGCCCAUCCCAUCAGGCCCCGCCCAUCCCACAGUCGGUGAGGUUUCUUUGCUAUUUUUCUACGGGCCAUCACAAAACUGCAGAUAAUUCUGGUUUGUUUGUUUUGCGGUUUCGUUGGAUGGUACACUAUUAACAUACUGUAGUAAACACAGUGUGGUCUGAAGAAGGUUGUGAUCAUCGGUUGAGGAAAUUUUGGCCGACAUUGCCUGGUAUGAACCUUUCAUGAAAUUCGGAAGCCAAAGAAGAUUUUUGUUACAUAUUUGGCCGAAUGUUUGGUAAAGGUGUGUCGGUACAUGUGAAAGUGGCAUUCUACUGUAUUUAUGAACUGCCACAUAUUGAGAGAUUGUAUAAAAAGCUUGGGGAAUUCUGUUUACGUUGUGAUCCCUCCGUCAUGGCAACACAUCUUUGAUUCUAACGUGUUUUCAGCGUGGGCAUGUUUCUAGAAACUGCGCAUACGCACAAUCACAGUAUUCUUUUGUCAACUGAGAACAGCGAUUUGAACAGACAGUGUUCAAAAUGGAAUUUUCCCGUGUCUGGUAGUUGGAGCAAUCUUUUUGAAAGAUUGUAAUUAGGGGUUUUUUGGGUUUUUUUUUUUAUGUUUUGGGAAUUUCCAAUCCCACAAUGCAACAGAAUGUUACUUUGGUGGUAGUGGUGGGAGAAGUCGGAGAUUUCAAAAUCCGGUUAUCCAAUAUUUUUUUCAAACCGAAUAACUGUUAGCUGAUUUCACCUGAAGUUCCCAUCCAGCUCACAGUAAUGCCAACAAAAAGU